UUAAUCAUUUUCAAAAGAAUCAUCCGUCAACGUGAAAACAGUAUCGCGUCGAUCGAGUUUCGACACUUCAGGUAGAACACGUCUCGCUGUGACAGCGCUGUGUUCAAGCAUGAACUCUCCGACGGUACGACGGUAGGGCAAAAUUUAAAAAAAAAAAAAAAAAGAAAAAGAAAGAAAGAAUGAGCACCUUCGUCUCGGAGGAUUAAUUAAUAUUCGAUCGACUCGAGAAUGCGACGAAAAUGAACGAAACGUUUCCUGUGCGCGUUCGCGUGCUAACCUGUUUUUGAAAAAUCGAGAUCUCUCUCUCUCUCUCUCUCUCUCUCUCUCUCUCUCUCUCUCUUUCUUUUAUUCCAAAUUCAGUCAGGAUGCACGAUGCGAAUCAGAGCCCCGAGAGAACGAUCGGUCGCGUAUUUCGGAAGUCUCGUCGAAGGCUGAGCCGGCCAGCCGACGCGAAACUCGCGCAACUGUUGUCCGCCUGUCCCAACAACGAGAACGUGAAGGUAUUGAACGGCGUGACCAUGAUCCCAGUGCCGCUAGAAGACGCGAGGGCUCUCGGUCUUCGAGUGCCGAAGGAGUCGAACGGAAGCUCUGCUCACCUGUCCACCUCCAGGUUCCUUAAAAGAAGAUCGAACGACAACGACAACGACAACGACAACGACAACGACAACGACGGGUCCAUCGAAAUGCGAGACGUUAAACAUUGUCAGAACGCGAACGCGAGAAGAGAGGAGAGAUCGAAGAAACUCGCGAAGCAUCCGAAGAAUGAACGAAAGGCUCAGCGAAUUGGCACGAUGGACAAGCUGUCUAGUUUACAGGCGAGGUUGGAACGCGGUCUGAGGAACAUCUCGAACAAGACGAAAGCACGGCCGAACGUUCGCUCGGUUGCGUCGAGGACGAGCUUGAACGAUCCGUCGUGCUCGCGGGAAGACAGGCGCAGGAGAGAGCCGAGCUCGGUGUCCACGAAGCAAUUGUUCAGCUUGACCGAGUCGUGGAGCAGCGACUCCGUGGUCAGUCGUUCGGACAACUGCGCCUGCUGUCACAGCCAAGAGCCUUGCCCGCUUCACCGGUAGCUGUGAAAACAAUGAAGCUGCGUGCUUGUUUUGAAAGAUAUUCUUACUAUACACGUGACGAUUUUCAUUGCGACGAGUUCGGGAGAAGAUCUCGCGAAGUGUCGAAGGUUAAAGUCGGAAAGACUGCAGAAACGAAGAGCAGAUUCAAAUUGGGUAUUUUUGUUUACUUCGAAACGUCUGCAUAAUAACGUUUGGAAGAGAAAGAAAGUCUCUCUCUCUCUCUUUGCAAACUCUGUCCAGGAGAUCGAGAAGAUAUUAUUUGUCAUUAUUUUUACUUUUCAGGACUCGGAGCUUCAAGAGUUACGGGAAACGAUCGAAAGGCUUCGAAAGCAGAGC